AUGGAGGCUUUGGUAAAAGCAUUCAAAGAUAUUGCUUUGGAUAAAGACAGACGUGCGUCUUUGCUCGCGGAUGCAACGUCCCUUGGAGGCCUUGUGCUUUUGUUGACAAAGGAAAAUCUUAGUACUACUUGUGAUGUUCUUGAGAUAUUUUCGGCUUUGAUCGAUUGUGAAAACGGAUCUGUUAUUCUUUCGAGGUUAAUUGGAUUGAAUGAGUCGCUUAUUAUGCUUAAAAGUGAUAAGAAUUUGCCUUUGGCAUUAUCCCGCCUUGCUUCCGAUAUAUUCGAUGUUAUCAACUUUAAGAAACCUAAUUUAGAAAGUUUUAAGUCCGCCCGUUCAAGAUCAAAGCGUCAAUCUUAUAACGUUAUUAUCCAAUUAAUGGGAAACCUUGUGAUGAGUGACGUGAAAAUGAUCGAGGAGCAAUUGUUAUCAGUGAAGGGAAUUAUUAGCAUUACUUUUCAACUUAAUAAGCUCAGGGUAAUCGUGAUGGCACUGACAACUGUCUCAAAAGAACUUAUUCUCAGUAAAGUUAACUCUGUUUGUGAAAACCUGGCAUCUCAGAAAAAACAAUCCGAUAUUAGUGCUCAUCUGCUUUCCAGGCAAAAGUCUACCGCUUCUCGCCACGGGAUGAAACGAAGUAGAACAAUUCGGUCUGGAAGUACCUCAGUAGUAGACAGGGGGCGAGAUCCAAUGUUGAAGCAGCCCUCUCUUUCACAGGUGGUAGAGGUAUCAGAGACGAAGGCUACAUCUCAGCGACCUGCGCUUCCACCCACGUUGAAGCCCUACUUGAGCGAUGAGGCGGACGUGUUUGAGGUAGAUGAAAAGCGUGGCGCUCCAUUGCCUAGAGACGCUAGUCUUAAUGACAGAGGGGCGCAGGUGACAGGACUGGGUGGUUGGCUCUCAGAUUUUCUUGAAAGAACUCUCUUCUGGUGA